AGAAGAGGCUUGUUGGAACAGCCACGUUUGCGAUGAGCUCCGCUGGAAACAGCGCAUCGGCCCUCGGCCGAGGAUCACACCCACCGUCAGCUACUGAUUCCGGUAAUUAUAAAGUCGUUCUCCCUCGUCUACCGACUGGCAACACCGUUCUCAAUUCAGUUUUCCUGCAUGCUGACCUGGCAGGGCGGCCGUAUCGGGCCCCGGACUUUCGCGAUGCUCUCCUUUCAGUGCUAAAUGCAACUGAUAUCCUCGGCGCUGGACAAUACCAGAUGAGCCAUUUGUGGUUAGUCACAUGUGUUAACAGCAUCGCGAAACAGAAACUUGUCGACAAAGGCGAGUUGCUGGUGAAAGGCCUCAAGUGCCUUGUCAUAGACCCGGAAUGCAAAAAUAUCAAGAUGAAGCUUCUUUGGCUUCCCCCACACCUCGAACAGAGACGGAUUGUUGAAGCGCUAGAGCCAUAUGGCACAGUGCAGUCCAUCACGAGAGAAAUGUGGCGGUGUGACGGCAUGGAGGGCUGGCAAAUGACUAAUCGAGACGUCGCGUUCACAUUGAAAGAUGGGGUUUCUGCCAGUAAUCUGCCACAUCUAUUGAGCAUAUAUGGCCACCAGUGCCUUAUCUUGAUUCCUGGCCGACCACCACUUUGCCUCCGGUGCAACAGAGUUGGGCAUAUCCGGCGACACUGUAGAACACCGCGCUGCAGUAACUGUCACCGCUAUGGUCACCCUGCAGAUGCAUGCAUCGGAACCUACGCUGACAAACUUCGUGCAAAUAGACCAGAUGAGGAUGAUGCCAUCACCGAUCAUCUAAUGGACGUGAGCGAAGUUGUGGACGCAACUGGCGAAACACUCCCUGAGUCUCAUCGACAAGAACAGAUUAAGCCGUCAUCGGCUGACAUUAGCGUUAGCCAGAAGCCUGCGAGCGAGGAUGACACUAAGGCACCUGACGACGAAGCAACUGUGUCUUGGGCAGAAUCUCCACCAGUUCAAGAUCGCCCACCGUCAGUGGAAUCUGGAUCGAUGUGCGAGGCCGCCAAGAAGCGUCCAGCGCCAUCCGACAAUCCAUCGCCCUCGGCAAAGGAGGCUCGCGUUCCCAAGGUGUCAAAGUUGACAAAACCGCUCCGGGGAACACCUACACCUGCUGAUGUACCUUGUGUUAACGUGCACCUAAAAGUCCAUAGUGCAUCACCUCAUCAAGAAGGGAGCGGUACACCUCUGGAGCAGCGUUUAGACGCUGCACCUACAUAGGUAAUCAUGGCGGGCGCUCUUCCCUUCCAUUUUGGCACUUUAAAUGUCCGUGGCUUACGAAGUAAGCGACGGCAAGUACAGCUUUUUCAUUUGUUACGCAAUCGAAAAUUAGAUAUUGCUGCUAUUCAAGAAACAAAGAUUGAAUCCGACGAAAACACAGAAAUAGCUCUAUCUCCAUUCAUAUCUGACUAUAAUGUUUGUGUCAGCCAUGCAGUAGGCGUUUCCGCAGGCUGUAUGUUAUUUGUUAGCAAACAUUUACAAUGUGAUUCGCUACAUUUGUUUACAGAUAGGGAAGGGCGCCUAAUCUGCUGCGAUAUUGAUAUCAGUGGCACGAGCUUUAGAUUUGUGUGUGUUUAUGCCCCGAACAAGUUACGUGAACGCGAGUGUUUCUUCUUAUCUCUAGAACAUCAUUUCUGUACUGAUCGUGCAUUGGUCCUCUUUGGAGACUUUAAUUGUGUAUGUAACGCGCAAGAUCGUACAUCACUGAAGCUGAGACAUGAUCCAAGUAGUGAUGCGUUGCAACGCCUAAUAUGUGAUUAUCAGCUUGUGGACAUUGGGGAAAAUGAAAAGGCGGGAUGUCGAUAUACGCACUUCCAGGGUACCUCGCAUGCAAGGCUUGACCGAAUUUACGUUUCACUUAGCGCGCUACCUCUUAUUCAUGGUUACACUGUGCAUCCUAUAUUCUUUAGUGACCAUUGCCUAGUCUCAGCAUCUUUUGGCAGCCGUCGGUACCACAGUCGGCGUAUGUGCUGGGAGCUGUGGAAGUUUAAUAACCAGUUACUUUCGCGUGAGUGUUUCAUAAAUCGCAUUACUGAGCUUAUAGCUCAUGUGUCUUGCCGCAAGGAUUUGCCACUCUUUGCUUUGUGGGAAUUAUUCAAACAGGAAACUAAAAUGAUAGCUAUCGAAGAAUCAUCAAUAUUAGCCUUUGAAAAAAAGAAUAAUUACAAAGCAUUGUGUAGACUUUUGAGUGAAUUGCAUGAGCUUGAAUGCAUACAUCCGGGUCAAUAUAUUGAUGAUAUUCAUAAGGUCAAGGCACAGUUACAAACUUUGAACGCAGAAAAAUACAGAGGUGCACUAGUGCGGG